UGAAUCAUUACCUCCCCCUAAACCCCGGCUGUUAGUUCUGUGUGUGUUCCGGAGCCAGCCUCGGCACACAUCCUAUUAUAUAAAAAACUAAAAAAAAACUAAAAAAAAAAUUAAAAACACAAAAAUAACUAAAAAUAUAAAAAUUAAACGGUGAAGCAAGGAAACGUCUACUGAACUGUAAAGCAAGGAAGAAAAAAAUAACGAAAACAAAUAUCGACGUGUUGAAGACGAAAAAGGCCUCGGCUUGAUUUUCGAAUUGCGUUAGACUUUUUAUCUCCUCGUUUCUCUGUCGCGGCUACCUGGCUGCCCAUGUGGGUUUGAGAGAAAUCUUAAAAAUACAUCAGAACCUGGCUUAUUUUUCCAAAUAUUGAAGUAUAUUUGGGCUACCGAUACGCCGUUAAGAUUUUUUCUGUUUUUAUUUUUCACAUUUUUAUUUUAAGGAACCAAGCCGCGCGUUUCUUUUAAGUUAGGUUUAAAUUCUAAGGUUAAAAAAAAAAAAAAAAAAGAUUUGGUAUUUUACAAAGUAAUUUUAAAAUAGUCUUGAAGCUCUUUUUAAGGUAGCGCUUCAUAAUUUACUUCCUUGUUUUAUAACCCAUUGCGUUUACGAAGAUGAAUCCUAGCGCUCCGAGUUACCCGAUGGCCUCCCUGUAUGUCGGCGAUCUCCACCCAGAUGUAACCGAGGCCAUGCUGUACGAGAAAUUCAGUCCCGCUGGGCCCAUCCUGUCGAUUCGGGUAUGCAGGGACAUGAUCACCCGAAGGUCGCUUGGCUAUGCCUACGUCAACUUCCAGCAACCCGCUGAUGCUGAGCGUGCUUUGGACACCAUGAACUUUGAUGUCAUCAAGGGAAAGCCUGUGCGUAUCAUGUGGUCUCAGCGCGACCCUUCCUUGAGGAAGAGUGGAGUGGGCAACAUCUUCAUCAAGAACCUGGACAAAUCCAUAGAUAACAAAGCUCUAUACGACACCUUCUCUGCUUUUGGAAAUAUCCUCUCCUGUAAGGUGGUAUGUGAUGAAAAUGGUUCAAAGGGAUAUGGAUUUGUGCACUUUGAAACCCAGGAAGCUGCAGAAAGAGCCAUUGAAAAGAUGAACGGCAUGCUUCUCAAUGACCGAAAAGUAUUUGUUGGGCGUUUCAAAUCUCGCAAGGAGCGUGAGGCAGAGCUUGGAGCUAGGGCGAAGGAGUUCACAAAUGUGUACAUCAAGAACUUUGGAGAGGACAUGGACGAUGAGAAGCUUAAAGAAAUUUUUGGACCAGCCUUGAGUAUCAGAGUAAUGACUGAUGACAGUGGAAAGUCAAAGGGCUUUGGCUUUGUCAGCUUUGAGAGACAUGAAGAUGCACAAAAAGCCGUGGAUGAGAUGAAUGGGAAAGAGGUCAAUGGAAAACAAAUCUACGUUGGUCGUGCUCAGAAGAAAGUAGAACGCCAGACAGAGCUUAAGCGCAAGUUUGAGCAAAUGAAGCAGGACAGAAUGACCCGUUACCAGGGUGUCAAUCUGUAUGUGAAAAAUCUUGAUGAUGGCAUCGAUGAUGAGCGUCUGCGCAAGGAGUUUACACCAUUUGGCACCAUUACUAGUGCUAAGGUCAUGAUGGAGGGUGGUCGUAGCAAGGGCUUUGGCUUUGUGUGUUUCUCCUCUCCGGAGGAAGCCACCAAGGCUGUGACUGAAAUGAACGGCAGGAUUGUCGCUACCAAGCCUCUCUACGUUGCUCUGGCGCAGCGCAAGGAGGAGCGACAGGCUCAUUUGACCAACCAGUACAUGCAGAGGAUGGCCAGUGUCAGAGCUGUUCCAAAUCCAGUCAUCAACCCUUACCAGCAAGCACCUCCUUCUGGAUACUUCAUGGCAGCCAUUCCACAGGCUCAGAACAGAGCUGCAUACUACCCAACAAGCCAGCUUGCACAGCUGAGACCUAGCCCUCGCUGGACUACACAGGGUGUGAGGCCACAGCAUUUCCAGGGUAUGCCCAAUGCCCUCCGACCUUCAGCCCCAAGAGCACCAACCUUCAGUGCAAUGAGACCAACUUCCUCUCAGGGGGUUCCACGUGUGAUGUCCACUCAGCGAGUUGCAACACAGGUGAUGGGACCACGCCCUACCGCUGCUGCUGCGGCUGCUGCAGCUGCUCCCGGGGUCCGUGGUGUUCCACAGUACAAGUACGCUGCUGGAGUCCGCAAUCCUCAACAGCAUCUCAACACUCAGCCCCAGGUUUCCAUGCAGCAGCCUGCUGUCCAUGUGCAAGGCCAGGAACCUUUGACUGCUUCCAUGCUAGCCUCUGCUCCUCCACAGGAGCAAAAGCAGAUGCUGGGUGAGCGUCUGUUCCCUCUGAUCCAGGCAAUGCAUCCCAGUCUAGCUGGAAAAAUCACUGGAAUGCUUCUGGAGAUUGACAACUCUGAGCUGCUGCACAUGCUGGAGUCUCCAGAGUCUCUGCGAUCCAAGGUUGAUGAAGCUGUAGCUGUACUGCAGGCCCAUCAGGCCAAAGAGUCGGCACAGAAAUCUGUAACCAAUUCAGCUGGUGUUCCAAGUGUCUAAGCAAAGGUAUGGGGGGCCUUAAUGAGAGCAACUUGCUUCACCGAAGAAAAAAAUAAUAAUUAAACAUUGAAAAAUGCUAAAACACUCAAAACAUUGCAAAAAAAAUAAAACCUAUAAAAAAGGAAAGGAAACUUUACAGAAUUGAUGCCGGGUCUGGAGAAGCUAAAGCUAGACCUAGAUAUAUAUUUAAAAAAAAAAUAAAAAAAAUGAAAAAGAAUUAAUAAAAAAUUAUAAAAACCCGGGGUUUGAUAAUUUUCACCACAGUACAUGAAACUGAAAGCAUUCCUUUCUUUUUAUUUUUUAUUCCUUUACUGUGUGAAAUGCUCAGAAUAUCAACACUGUUUUAGUUGGCAGUGGUAUUUGAUAGCUGAGCAUUGGGAAAAAAGUUGGAUUGAAAAAAAAUGCUUGCUUUAAUAAAACAGUUUAAAACA